UGCAGAGUGGCUUUUUCAAGGUCGCACAUCAGGUUAGUGGCAGAGGUGGAAGCAAUGAGGACGACUGGAGGCUCCCAGGGCUGUGUUGCUUCCCCUGCCCGUGCUCCUCGCAGCUGCCUGGUGAUCUGUCUCUGGUGGGCCACGGCACCCGUUUGGAAAUUGAUUAAAGAAUCUCCAUAGAAUUCAAUAUGGCAUCAAAGCAGUCAUCUCCUUCUUCAGAGGAGCAGGCUUCCUCCGAAAUAGAUGAUCUCUGUCUGUCGCUGCAAGUGCAGCGAGAGUUUACACAGAAGAAAACCUUCACUAGCUGGAUAAAUUCAAUACUGGCAAAGCAUAUACCUCCUUCUGUUGUCUCAGACCUGUAUACAGACAUACAGCAAGGACAUUUGCUUUUGGAUCUGUUGGAAGUGCUUUCAGGUCAACAUCUGCCACGGGAAAAAGGAUUUAAUACCUUCCAGUGCAGAAGUAACAUAGAAAAUGCUCUGACAUUUUUAAAGAGCAGAUCACUCAAGCUCAUAAAUAUUCAUGUUGCUGACAUUAUUGAAGGAAAACCUUCCAUUGUGCUUGGCCUAAUUUGGACAAUUAUAUUUCAUUUUCAUAUUGAAGAACUUGUCAGGAUACUUGCUUGUACUUACAAUCAGCCCUUACCUGAUUCUUCAAGUGCUUUUGACUCCUCUCCAAAGGCAAGUCGAUCAGCUAAAAAAAGUGCUAAAAUUAAGGAGCGAUGGAAGAUGUCUGCUACAAAGGCUCUUUUGUUAUGGGCAAAAGAACAGUGUUCACUGCACGGCUUUAUCAAUGUGACUGAUUUCAAGUCAAGCUGGCGAAGUGGACUGCCUUUUUUAGCCAUCAUCCAAACAUUACGACCAGGUCUAGUUGAUUUGGAGAAGGCAAAAGCCAGAAGCAAUAAAGAAAACCUGAGAGAGGCUUUCAGCAUUGCAGAAGUGGAGCUGAAUAUUCCACGGCUUCUUGAACCUGAGGAUGUUGACAUUAUGAAUCCAGAUGAAAAAUCAAUCAUGACUUAUGUGGCUCAGUUUUUGCAAUACUCCAGGAAUCUGAGUGAGUCUGAAGAGGAUGUGCAGGAAAAAGUAAGAGAGGCUAUGAGCUGGUUGGCUGAACAGGAGAAGAAGUUAGCAAAGUUGCUGAUUGACACAGAGAAUGAAACAUAUUACCAGAAGUACAAAGAAAUGAUGUCAUUUAUGGAAGCAUUUAACCAAGGAAAAAAACCCUUUUUGCCUGUGUUGUCAUCAAAAAGAAGUGAAGCUGAGCUGAGCGAAGGCCAGCAGCAGAUGAGGGAAGAGUGGGAUAAACUGAUCUCUCAGAUUAAUGAAUGGAAAGUGAAGCUGGAAAAGAUGUUGCCCUCCCCUCUGGAUAGCAUUGAGGCUUGGCUUCAGGAGGUAGAACAUCUGCAGGCAGAAGAUUUGCCUGAUUUGCAGGACCCAUUUAAAGCGAUGUUUGUCUUCAGAGAAAUAAUUGUAAUAUUUAAGGGCUUGAUGGAUUGUUUUGAUUCUCACUUGGACACCCUUCAAUCAUUUAAGAAUGAAGAUGAGAAGAAUAUGCCACUAGUCUUGCCUGAAAAGUUAGAGGAAAUGAAAACAAGAUUCAGCAAUAUUCGUUUCACAAACUCCAACACCUUUCUUGAAUACCACUAUGGUCUGUGCUCAGCUAUUGCCAAUGAGGUAAUGUUAAAGCUAAAUAUCUGGGACGUGAAAUAUGGGACAAAAGAGUCCGUGGAAUCACUGCUGGAAAAUUGGAAUAAUUUCAUUGAAGAAAAGAGACUUGAAACACAACUAGAAAUUGCUACUCACAUCUGUGAAGAUUUGAAAAACAAAAACAUAAGCAGUCCUGAAUUAGCUGGUGAUCCUCAAGAAAUUAGCAAACUUUUCAAGACAGUGGAGUCAAAGAUUUCUGUGUGCAGAGACUAUAUUUCCCAUGUAAAUACCACCCUACAGAAAGUCCUGUCUUCCUGGAGUAAUUAUACAGAAAACAUCCACUUACUAAAGAUGUGGCUGGAAGAAAAACGAAAUGAGCAUCCAAGAGAGAUCCCUGCUGAGAUCCUGGCAAAGUGGAAUUCAGUUCAUGGUUCCUUAAAUGAAGCUGGAAACUAUCUUAUUGAAGUCAGCAAAGAGCAAGUUGGAUCAAAUAUUGCCAAAGAGCUGAAGAAACUGAACAGGAGAUGGGCUAAGUUCAUGAAGAGGACACACUUUCUUGGUGAAGAGAGCACGGAUGCUGCUGAAAAGACCAGGGAGCUUCUGGGGGGCCUGGAGAAAAUUGAAGAGCUCCUUGGAGGGGUGGACACUUGGGCAGCAGAGACUGGACGCCUGCUUAGCGAAAUCGGUCAUGAGAGGCCUGUGGAACCUGAGAUGGAGGCACAUUUGAAGAGUUUGGCUGCAAGGGGAACCUCAUGCCAAGAACAAGUUGUGGCAGCAGAAGAGAGAUUACAGUCCCUGAUGCAAAAUGUUUCAAGCCAGGUGUUCCAACAUUCUCACACCACUGGGCUGCAGACACGAAUUAAAGAAGCCAGAGAUAAAAUAGAGGCUGUCAUGGGUGACAUGAACAACAUCUUGUCCAAAUCUGAGAAGAGACCUGCAGAGAAGGAGACUUGGCUCAGUUUUGAAGAAUCCCAGAAAGAACUUGAGGCCUCCAUUUCAAAGGCUGUGCAACUUGUCAGUCAAAGAUUAAGUCCUAAAGAAUGUAUUUCGAGAUAUGAGGAGGCUUUUAAUGCUCUAGACAAUAAAGUUCUUGACAAAUAUUUGAAAGCAGCUGAGCAACUGAAAAAGAUUUCAUCUGAUCGUGAGAAGCUGGUAGUGGAAGAAAGGAGUGAAGAUGUUCGUAAAAGAUGGGAGGAAGUUCAUCAUGAAAUUAUAGCUUUUGUCCAGAUCAUGGUAGAAAGGGAAAAAAAGAAAUUUAACACAACUUUAAAAAAAAUCAAUAAGCAAUUAGGCAAAGAGAAGAAACUUCUAACUACGGAUAAAACCAAAGGGCUCAUCAAGGAACAUGAGGCCUUUUUUUCACAUGAAGGCAGCCUGAGGGAACUUAGCAAGUCAUUAGAAGACCUUAAAAUAUUGGGAAGGCUAUCAGAAGAAACUGUCCCAGACAUACAGAAACUGACUGCAGACUGUGAACAAAAGCUAGAAAACCUUCAACAAACCGUGGCAGAUACUUACGCGGCCCUGCUGUCUCGUGCUGGAGAAGGACAGUCCUCUAAGAAAGAGAACUCCGUUGUUGCUUCUGAGAAUGGAGAAAAGCCUGGUUCUUCUUCUCAACAAAUCAAUAUCCUUUCAGUACAGGAGGCCUCAAGACCUGCUGCAGAUAUAGUUUUGGAACCAGAUGUGAAACAUCACAACGGAGAAAGCUGUGCAAAGAAAUUUGAGGAAGACAAUGAUUUGCCCUUACCAGCUUUAUUAGAGAGCUAUAACACACAAAGAAGUAACCUGGAGGAACUUCUACAAAUCAGCAGAGAUAAAGUAGCAUCUGGCUUUACUGAGGAAAUAAAAGGCACAUCAUGCCUUCAGAAUAAGCUGCUUGAACUGCAGGUGAUAGAGAGUGAAACCAGUUCUGGUUGGACACAGUUGGAAAACAUCUCAUCUACCUUAGAAAAUUUUGUCGAUGAAGUACAGCAGGCUGCUAUCUCUGAGAGAAGCAGCAAACUAAAAGGAGAAUGGAAAGAGCUUCAGGAUAUUAUAAGUACCAGAACAAACUCUUUAAGGACUGCUUUGGAAAUUGUUUUGCCAAUAGAAAAUGAAUCCAUUCUUCUAUGUGAAUUAGAUCAGCGGCUGAAGAAAAAGGACAUCCAGCAGUUUAAUCUGAUGAAUAGUGAUCUCGCUUAUAGGGAACUAAAGGAGCUACAAAGAUCCAUAUUAAAUCAGAUUGAAGUAUGCAAACAAUUGGAACAUCUAGAUAGUUCAGCAAGAGAUGAAUUUAAUCCGAUAGAUUUGCAAGCUGCAAGUAAAAUUAUGAUUUACUAUCAAAACCAGCUUGAAGAAAUGAGCCAUACAAUGCAGAUUCGUGAGACAGUCCUUAGAGAUCUGGAAGCUUUUAUGGCCUCUUUGAGGAAGAUACAGUCUUCCAUCAAAUGUCUCACAGAUCCCCCAGGUCAACCUGAAAUACAGGGAAAAGCAUUGAGAGAGGCUGCACAAGAACUUUCUCACAUGGCAGAAGAGGCUAAAUGUUUGGAUGAACGCUUGAAAACAGUUGAUAUCUGUUUGGAAGAUGCUGAAUGUGGGAGAAAGACUUGCUGUGAAAACCUUGUUUUGACUUUAUCUGAAGAGCUAAAUGGAACUUAUGGUCCCUCAAGUGAACAGAUGCUUUCAGAGGAAAAAGGCUUAUACAAGAUUUUUUCCACAAAAAGCAGUGAACUCCUUAAAAACAUUCAGGAUCUACGUGACAGAAUUAACAAAAUAGGCUUGAAGGAUCCAACAAUCCCAGCUAUUCAACAAAGGGUAAAAUCAUUAACAGAAUUGGAAAAGGAAUUGGAUUGUGCUGCUGCUGAAAUGAAACCUAUGCGAGAAAUUGCUAAUAAGCUCCCACAGAUCGAAGAGGAAAAAACAGAGGAAGCAAAUGAACAGUGCAGAGUUACAGAGAGGUUAUGGGAGGAUACAAAACUCUUGCUUGCUGAAUGUCAGGAGCAGUGUGCAAGGGCUCUGGAGCUCCUGAAGCAAUAUCAAAGCUGCAAAACUAAUCUGACCAGCAUCAUCCAGAAACAGGAGAUUGUGCUUUCACAGCAAACUUCUUACAUGGGGAAGGAGAAUUUGAACAGACUAAUAGCAAAGAUUGAAGAGGCAAAAGAGGAAUUUAAUGAUCACUCAGAAGAUGUAGACAAAAUAAAUCAGAUCUGCAAAAACCUUCAAUUCCAGCUCAAUAAAAUGAGAAGCUUUGAGGAGCCUCCAUUUGAGAAUGAGGCUAACAUUAUUGUGGACAGAUGGCUGGAUAUCAACGAAAAGACUGAAAACUACUGUGAUAAUUUGGGAAGAGCUCAGGCUUUGUGGGACAAACUUCUUAGUUUAUCUGGCACAAUUGAUGCUUGGGCAAAUGCAGAAAUUAAGAAUGCAGAAGAGCAUUGUCUGACUGAAGAGGACCUUACGCAGUUGAAGGCAUGCUUACGAGUCCAAGAGCAGAAACUUAAGAAAUUUGACAACACGGUGGCUGAGAUAGAAGAACUUCUGAAUAGUAAUGAACCUCCACUGGAGCUACAGGUCAUCAGAACAUCUGUUGUGCAAAAAAUGGAGCUAAUAAAAGAGCUCUUGUCAGCGAAGCGGGAGACCAGUGAACUCAAUGUAAAUACAGCAGAGCUAAAAGGAGACCUUGAUCUGGCCAAGACACAGAUUGGAAUGACCGAAUCACUUUUAAAAGCUUUAUCUCCUUCUGACACCUUAGAGAUCUUUACUAAAUUAGAGGAGAUACACCAGAAAAUUCUGCAACAAGAACACCAUGUGACAUUACUCCAAGAAGAGACGGAUUGUCCUGAUGUGGAUGAAUUAAAUAAACAGCUUAAAUGUGUUACUGAUUUAUUUAAUAAGAAAAAACAUGUAUUUCAAGAUCACUUUAUUGGUGUUUUGAACCGUCAGUGCAAGAAUUUUAAUGACUGGUUCAGCAGCACUCAGCUGUCCUUGAAGGACUGUUUUGAGCCCUCAGAAACAAAACUGAUACUGGAAGAAAGACUGCAGAGGCUAAAGCACUUCCUAACAUCUGAAGGCAAAGACAGAGAUAUCCAAGAGGUUAAAACUUUGUUGAAUAAAGUGAAGCAUUACUUGCCCAAAGCAAGCAUUAACCACCUUAACAGCCGUGUGAGAGAUCAAGAAGCAGAACUACAAAGAUUGAUCUCCAAAUGUCAGAAACGGGAGAAGGAACUUGGUGCUUCUCUCCAGCAGCUCAGUAGCCUUAAAGAAAACAGCACGAUCUUGGAAGAAUGGCUCACUGCUCAGGAAGAAAAACUAGAAGAGAUCAAAAAAGAUGAGACAAAACUUGAAAACUUCUAUAAAACACUAUUAAUGCAGAGAAAACCAUUUGACUCCAUAGCUCAGCUAGCAAGUUCCUUGAGGGAGGCUGGGCUGACAGAUGAAACCGUUUCAGAAGCCACUGAUCUUAUUAGUAGAUACCAGACACUGAAAACACAUGUAAGUGAAAUGUCAGGGAAUACUGAGAGACUUCCAGUGGAAGGACAAAAUUUUGAAGAACUUGCCCAAGAUGUUUCUUCCUGGAUCAGAAAGCUUGAGGAAGCUGUUAAUAACCUGAGUUCACAGGAAAAUGAGCUGCCAUCAGACAAAAGGAUUGAUCAGAUAAAGGAAAUCACAGCUCUCAAAGAUGCAGGAGAGGCCAAAAUACAGAACAUGGUAGCUCUAGGAGAAACUUUAAUCAGAAAUGAGAAAAAUAAGAAGGCGGUGGUUCAGCAGACUAUUUCUGAGCUCCAAAACAAGUGGGAAAGCACCAUUCGGCUAGCCACUGAAUAUAGAAGCCCUAAAGAGCAACUUCAGCUCAACAGGGAGCAAUAUGAGCAAAGCAAAGAAGAUCUGAGAGUGGCUCUAACUGAACUGGAGAAACAGCAACAGGAGAUUGGUUUUGCCCUUCAGCCUGGUUUGCAGGAGAAGCAAGCUCAGCUGACAAACUAUGCUGACCUCCUGCAGAAAGCAGAAGACUUAACUUCCCGAUUUAAUGAACUGAAAAGCCAGGAAGACCACCUACAGGGUCACACUGGGGAUCCCUGCUUCACAGAGGUGGAAUGGUUGGAAUUAAAGCAUCAACAUGAAAAUCUGCUCAGCCAGUUACAGACCAUAGUGCAGACAUUGGAAAGUCAUGUUCAAGAGCACCGGCAGUUCCAGGAUAUGGUAGAAGGCCUGAGCACUGAGCUGAAAACUGUCUCUGAGAAGCUUGCUGAUCGUCAAGGUCCAGCAAUGGAACAACCAUCAGCUGAGGAAAGCCAGUUGAAAUCAGAGGAACAACAAGGACCUCUUAGUCAAUGCGAAGAGAUGUUAAAGAAGAUUUUGGUUUUAGCAGAAACUGUUAAACAAAACACCUCUUCACCAGGACAGAAGUUUAUUAAGGAUGAGAUUGAAAUACUUCAGAGUGAACACAGGAGUCUGGAAGAAAGACUUGAAAACAUAAAGCAAAAGGAGGAAAAUAUUUUCAGUGAAGUCCUUGAGUUAAAAGCUGAGUUUGGUAAUGAAAUACAAAUGGAAGAUAAAGCAGAUACAAUGUUGAGGAGAGAGAUACAGAUCACUUCUGAUACCCCUGUCACUGCAGAAGAGAGUUCCACAGCAGCGGAGGUAAAGGAGCCUUUGGAAAUGCAUGAUGAGAAGGCUGAUAAAGAGAGCCCAGGUACGGACAAGCAUGAUGGGGUCCAGGAGGACAUUCUGGACAAUGCAGUUCAUGAUGGUGAAGCAGAACUGGAAAGACAUCAGGAUGGUGUUGGUAUUGAAGGUGAUGAAACAAGAAAGGAAGCCCAUCCAGCAGAGGAGAAUCGUAGUGAUAUCAAGAAUCAGUCAUAUAGAGAAGAUGUGGAGCAGGUUCAACAAAGUGUGUGCCAGAAGAGUCGAGUCCUGAAAUCUGCAGCAGCUGAGAAAGAUGAUCUGGAAUCUAAUCCACCAGUUUCUGCACAUGAGGACACAGGUGCAGAAAUGUUUGUCCAGAAGGAACUAUUUCCUGGAGUGCAAGUAAACACUGAAUAUUUUGAAGAGGAACAAAAGGUCAAUGAGUUGAAAAAAGAAGUGGCCGAACUGGAUAUCGUACUUAUAAAUGAACAACUGAAAGAGCUGGAGAAUUUACAAACUGAACUGGAAACAUGGAAAGCAAAAUCUUCAUGUCAUAGUCAAGAAGCAUUUCCCAGUGCAACAGGAUCAAACAGAGCAGAGUUGCAAACCACAGAGCCUGCAGUGCCCUGCUGGGACAGGCUGCUUCAAGAACUAGAUGCUGUUAAGGCAGUGAAGCAACAACAGUACUGUUUAAUUAAUGAAUACCAGAAAAAUCUUUCUGCUGCACAGUCCUCAAUGAAAAAUUUGUCAACAGAAAAAGACAACAUAAAGAUGGGUCCUACGAACAACACAGUUCUUCUGGAGAAAAUUAAGGCAUGCAUAGAGUCCUUACGAAAAGAAAGAGAUGUCUUAAACCAGUUGAAAACUCAGCAAGAAAGUUUAUCUCAGCAUUUAACAUGCAUGGAUAAAGUGUUAACCGAAAGCCAAAUGAGGCAACUGGAACAAUGGUGGCAACACAUGGAACAAACAGUGCAAAAGAAACAUGAUCAAGUUGUGGCAGAAAUUGAUGAAUUUAACCUGCUUAUGAAUAAAGCACAGGAUAUUCAGAGACUAAUACAAGAACAGUAUUUACAAGCAGAGUUACAUUCCUCAGCUGCAGGAAAAGCCAAAUACCCUGUACUUUGGACCACAGAGCUACAGGACAUUAAACAUGGUCUUUCUCUAUUAAAAAGAAGGAUUGAACUGCAGAUGAAAAGAAUCUGGAGUGAUCAAGAGAAGGUGGCUUUGGAGAACUCCAUACAUGAUUUGCAGAAUAAAUUGGAAGCGUUAGCAAUGCAACAAACUCCUCGAGAGGAUGUUCAGAUCACUGGUCCUGCUGUCAUGAAACACGAAAUGGUAAAGAGGCUGAAAGAAAAUAUUUCAUGGGUCAAAGAUACGCUGUCCUCUCUUGAUCAGAAAGCAGCACUUUUCCCCAGUGAUGUUAAAUCACAGAUCAGAAGUUGUCAGCUUAUGAACACAGAAGUUCUAAACAGAGAGCCUGAGAUUGUAUCACUGGAUUAUGGGCUCCAGCACAUCAUUCCUAACUUGAAGCCAGAGGAGAUCUCUGAUAUGACCUUUCUUUUACAAGCACUGCAGAAUUCAUACAAGGCUCUUGUUUUAAAAUCAGCUCAGAGAUUACAGCACCUAGAACUCCAGCUGGAGGAGAGGCAAAGACUUAUUGCAGAAAUAGAAAAAGUUCACUGUCAGCUUCGAAAUGCUGAGAUGCUUGCCGGGCCUGACAUGAACCAAACCAGCACAUGGUCAGAAUUAAUCAAUCAACAAGACAUUUUAAAGGAGAUUUUAAAGGACAUACAAGAAAUAGAAGGGCUUAUCUCAUCCCACUGUAAAGAGAGUCAGGUCACAGCUGGGGAACUGAGCCUGUCAGAACAACUAUUUUUGAUCGAUCAGUUAAGAAGUCUGAAGAAUAGAGCAAGGAAGACACAGAGGCAAAUUCAGAGUAAACUUCAUGAAGUAGAAAAAAAGAUAGUUGUCUACAGGGAGUUUGCUGAAGGAAUGACUUCAUUGCAGCAAGAUCUUAAUGAUCUGCGGUGUGGUGAAAUGAACAUGGAAGAAGAAUCAAUAGGUGCCAAGCAGGAAAUGAAGGAUAAAUGCAAAGCACUUAGAGAAAAAGUACUAGCUUUUCAGUCCAAUUUGUCACAAAUAUUGAAGUACAGAGAAAUCUUUGAAUGUGUAGGUCUAAAAUGGGACUCACUACAGCUGGAUGAAUUGCAAACUAAGUUUUUUAAAAUUAAAAAUAAAAUUAAAGGGAAGAUAAUACAUUUUGAUAAUGUUGCUAGGGAAUGCGAUAAGAUUCAAGCAUUGCUAAAUGAAAUUCGGACUCUGACAUCUACUGUAAAAAAAGAAGCUAACAUCCUAAAUGAUAGCUGUAGCUCUUCCCCUGCUGAGAAGCUUAUAUCUGCACAGAUUCAGUUUCAGACAGUUCAACAAAUCUUGUACUUAACCCAGGAGGUAGCAAAUCAAAUAAACAAAAAUGAGGUCUUUGAUACACCAUUCAAAGAAUCUAAGAGGAAAGAAAUGAAGAGCCUGGAGAAAGAUGUUGAGGAAUUGAAUCAGUUUCUUCAAAACUUGAUCUCUGGUCUCCAGUGUGUAAACAAGGAAGAUACCCAGAGUGAAGUAGAACAUAUAUUGCACAUAAUAAAGCAUAUUCAAUUAGAGCUCCAGCAGCCACUUCUGAUAGACAUAAAAACAAUGCAGUAUGAAAAGAUACGGUGGGAUGCAAUUCAGAAUAUGAUGCAAGCAAAGUUUUCUGCUAUUAAAUGUAUAAUGGAAAAAGAGAGUGAAAACCAAGAAGAAAAAUCUCUUGCUGCUGGUGUAGAAACAAAAUUAGAGACACUGCAAGAUUAUGAAAUACAACUGAAGACAGACAUUGCUGCCCGUGUUAGUGCUUUGGAAGAGGCAUGUAAGACUGGUGAGCUUUAUACCAAGGCUGUUCAGAGGGCUUCCAGGUUCCUUGAGGGCUAUGAAGCUCGAGUCCACUCUGCUGCAGCAGAGCUUGAUGGCUCAGAGGGGUCCUGUCAAAGCCCACAAUGGAAACAAGAAGAGUUCAACUCUGCAAAGGCUAAAAUAGAAAGCCUGUACUUCAAGCUGAAAAACCUAGUGAAACCAGAAGACAAAAUAUGUCUGGAAAAUACUUUAACAGAACUAGUCAAGAAGAGUUUGGCAUUGAGGGAGAAGGCUCAAAGAAAGGAAGCUGAUGAACAGAGGUAUUUUGAAAAAUACAGAAGCUACACAAAAAUCAAAGAUAAGGUGUGUGAUCAUCUUAACAAACUGGAAAAGAUGCUUAGGCAGUCUUUGUCUCAAAUACCAAUGUCUUAUAAAGAAGCUUUGGAGCACUUAGAAGAAAGCAAGAUUUUAGUCUCCAACAUUAAUGCAGCUGAAGAUGAUCUUGUGAAGCUGAGGCAGGUCUCUGGAGAGCUGAUGAGGUUAUGCAAAAGAAGUGACAGGGCACUGGGCAGGAUUGUAACAGUGCUGUGGGAAAAUUGGCUGGGUUUGCUUGAGGCAGCAAAAGGGCUGGAAAUUAACAGUGAAGAACUAAAGCAGGAAUGGAAAUUCAUCAAUGAAGAGCUGGAACGAGAAACAAUAAUUCUCGAUAAGCUCCAGGAAGAACAGCCAGAAAGUCUUAAAGAGAAAGAAAAGGCCACCAGCGAGGAACUGGUAGAAUUACUAGAUUUUGUGAACUCAUUUGAGGAAAACAUCAACCAGCAACAGCUCCUCUUACUCUUACUACUUCACCGAAUAAGAAACAUCCUGAAUACAUCUGAAAAUACUGAGUCAGAAGCUGCCCUUCCUGCCUUAUGUGAGAUAAAGGCAAUGCAGGAUCGCUGUAAAAAGUUGUAUGAAAAGAAUCAAGACCAUAAGGAUUCAGUACAAGCUGAGAUUCAAGAGAGGAACAAGAUCACUGAAGAAAUAAGUGCUGUGACAAAUGUGUUACAGAAUGCUGCAUCUGUAUUAUUACAAGAUGCAACUGGAAAGGCAGGACAACUGGAGGAGGUCCAGAGUGUGAUUGCUAAAAAAAGUCAAACUCUAAAGGAUAUCAUGGAGAAACUCCGGAUCAAGUAUUCUGAAAUGUAUACAAUAGUUCCUGCUGAGAUUGAAACACAGCUGGAAGACUGCAAGAAGGUAUUGCAAGACCUAGAAGACAAGGUUAGUUUUGAAAUCUUGCAGACCUCCCCUCAGUAUGUGCUGAAAAGAAAAGCGGAAACUAUUAAUAGUGGCCUUCAAGCUAUUGAAAAGAUGUUACAACAGAAGAGUGAAAACAUUGCAAAAGCCAAAGAAGUUCAGAAGCACAUCUGGGAUAUGCUGGACCUUUGGCAUUACAAACUCAAUGAACUGGAUGCAGAAGUGCAUGAUAUAGUAGAGCAGGACUCCUGCCAUGCACAGGAGUUGAUGGAUAUCUUAGUGACCCCCCUUCAGCAGUACCAACAGGUGUCGCAGCUUGCUGAGCGCCGAACUGCCAUUUUAAACAAGGCUGCCAACAAGAUGGAAGAAUAUGAUGAACUCUUGAAGAAUGUGAAAGUUUGGAUAGAAAACACCAACUGCUUGCUAAGAGCACAUGCUCAAAAUGACUCUGCAAAAAGCUUACGUAAACAUACUGAUGAUCUUCAGAUGGCUUUGGAAGACUCAGAGCAAAAGCAAAAUCUUCUACACAGUGUUUACUUGGAGCUGGAGGAACUAACACCAGUCUUUGAAACAGACAGUGUCAUUCAACAGCUAAAUGAAAUAGAUAAUCAAGUAGGAACUUUACAGCAUGAGAUAGCAGAGAUUCUUCCACAGAUCCAGCAUGUGGCAGAUGAAUUGGAUGCCAUUGAAUCUCAUGUGAAAGUGUUUGAGAAGGAUAUUGCUAAAAUGAAGACAAUCCUAUCAUCAGAGGAUCUGUUAGAAUUUUCUCCCAAAGACCAACUUAAACAUGGACAGCAGGUUAUACUUGACCAUGUUGGUCCCAUGCAGAAGACCAUAGUUCACAUACAGUCCUAUGAAGAAACUCUUCAGCUACCAGGGGUGAAAAUGCAACCUUUCUCAGUCUUCCAAAGAGCAAGAGAAUUCUUGAGAGAAUUGAAGAAAUUAGAAAAAAUUACUAAGGAACAAAAUGACCUACUAGAGGAAGCUGUAAAGAAAACAGAAGAAUGUGAGCAAGAAAUUGAAAAGUUGAAACAACUGUUAAGGAACCACUUGGUUGAAAUAUCACAUGAAGAUCAGGCACUGGCUCAGAAGACUCAUUGUCCAGAGGGAGAAAUGGAAGCUGUAAAAGAAGAAAUCAUAAAGCUGUGCCAAAGAAAGGAAGAUAUCCUUACCGGGAUGAAAAAUUCAAUGUCUGAGCUUCACCAGCGCUUACAGCAAGAAGUGCCUGAAUCAGGAGAUGAACCCACAGCCUCUGUAUUAACACAAAGUGAUUUGAUUGGGACUGAUGUUUCUGGUCAGCAGUCGAAAAAAAGAGGAAUGGUGUCUCUUCUACCUUCCUUAGAUGAAGAAUCAGAAGACUGUUCUUUCCACAGCAAGGGAUGUACAGCCACAGAGAAAGAUGCAAGCUUUUGGCCUUCAGAAAUAGAUGAUGAAAGGCACAAGGAGGAUAGCGCAACUUCCUGGUCUUCUGGUACCUUGUCAGAUGGCAUUGUUCAGGAUGCUGAUGAGAUAAUGGAAUCACACAGUAAACAUGGUGAGGAAACAUCUAUGCAAACUUUGCAGAGCACUGAAGGCCCUGGCACAGGUGAUGGCAGUCAGGCUAUGAGCGACAAGCAGCCUCCUGUGCCCAACACCACCCAGGGCUCUCGAGGGAAAGCAGGAGAUUCUGAGGAAGCAGUGGAUGGCGGCAGGCCUGAGCCAGAAACGAUCCUCCAGAUGUGCCAGGCCCAGGUUGCCGAGCUGGAACAAUGGCUAGACAAAAUUAAACUGUCCCUGAGGUCAGACCCCCAGACCCCUCAAAUGCAGCAGAUGGUGGAACUGCAGCUUGCUGAUUACCAGGUGAUGUUAUCAGAGAUUGAACAAAAGGUCCUUUCUUUACUGGAAGAUUGUGGAGAUAGUACAGACUACCAACAAGAGACAGAGGCUCUUUCCUUGAAGCUGAAGGAAGUGAAAUGCAAUUUGGAAACAGUCCAGAUGAUGCUUCAAGAUAAUAAAUACGAUGAAGAGCAGAUUCACAACAGGGAAAGGAUCGACCCAGAGCCCCUUGAGAUUCUGCACUCAAAUGGUUCCAGCACACCCCAGCGUGCCCUGGCUGAACGGCCGCUCAUUUGGCACAAUGGUUUCCAGCACCCACAGGAUCCAAAAGUAAAAGCAGCUGAGCAGAAAAGCCUUAUUGACUUCAUUGAGUCGUGCGUAGAAAAAAUGCAGCCACAGUUUGAGGACAACGUGACUCAGAAAUUAGAAUCAAGCAAUGGAGAAUCUGAUCCAAAGAGCAAGCAGGCUGAUCCCACCUUAUCCCCAAAGGACCAAAUGGGUAAUAAAUGGCAAUAUUUACAACAAGAGCUGUCAUCAAAGAUGAAAUCUCCUCUUUGCCAGCUUGUGGAACCUCAGAUUACAACAAAGAUGAACAUGCUGCCCCGAGGUACAUUCGCUAGUUCAGGAACCCCAACUGUGGAAGAACUGAAAACUUACACUGUCCAGCUGGGAGACCUAAGCCAAGAAGCAAAUGUGGUGCAUGCACAGGAUAAUGUGGCAGAGGAAGUCUCUUCCAAUUUGGACAGAAAAUUGUUUGAGCUGCUUCUGGCAAUCAGCCGAUGUUUGAAUAACAUGGAGGAGAUGUUAAACACCUCAGUGCUCUCCACUGAAGAGGCGGCUGUGCAGCAGGCUCUUUAUGAGACUCUUUCUGUAGAGCUGCAAAAACUUCACGCUGAUCUGAGUGAUAAAAAGGAUGAUCUUCUAAAGUCUAUUAGCUGCGCUGGUGGAAGCACAGAUGUGUUCUGCAAGUGCUUUAACAACUUGCAGGCACGGCUGGAACAAACUCAAGCUGCCACUGCUUCAAGGAGCAGCUCAAUGAAAGCUGGUCUGGAUCAUAAUAGCAAUUAUCAGAAUGAAACCAGGCUGCUCUAUGAUCAGUUAACUGAGAAAAAAGCUACUCUGCAACAAUACUUGAAUGCAAUACGUGGACAUAAUGUCUCUGAACAGUUUCAGAAAACUGAUGCCUGUGCUUUGGAGCUUCAAAACUUUGAAAACCGAGUAGCAAAACUGAGAGGCCAUGGGGAAAGAUUUCAGUUACCUAUCACCUUAAUCCAGGAAGUUUAUAAAUUAGAGGAUGUUUUGGAUGACAUGUGGGGGAUUCUGAAAGCAAAGUAUGUGGAGCUGAACUCUCCUUCCAUUAGUGAGAGUCAGUAUGAGAACUUACUUCAUGGAUUUGCAGAGCUGGUAGCUAUUGGACAAGAGAAGAUUGCACAAGACCCAAAGCAGCUAACAAAAAGCAGAGCAUCUCUACAGUCUCACCUGGAAAAUCACAAGGACUUUUUCCACAACCUCAUGACCCACAUGUCUUUCAUGCAAGCGUUUUCCAAGAAAGUAGCUCCCUCCAUCCUACAAAAGAGAGAGGAAUUCUGGAGAGAACUGGUGAAUGAAGUCAAGCUGCUGGAGCAGAAGGCCUGCCAGUAUGGUAUACACUUAGAGAGCCUGUUAAAGGAAUGGAUGGAAUUUGAUGAUGAAUGCCUAGUUUUCAGUAAGGAGUUAGAGGCACUUGCUUCUACAUUGCCUUCUGUGAAUUUGGUUGAAGAAACAGAAGAAAGAUUAAUGGAAAGGAUUGUGCUUCUACAGCAAAUCAAAAAUAGUGUUGACGAAAAGCAUGCCAGGCUGUACCAGAUGGUGAAAGAAGGGAAGAAAUUGCUGAUUGCUGUGAGCUGUCCAGAAAUAAGGAGCCAGAUUGGGAAGCUGGAAGAGCAGUGGUUGUCUUUAACCAAAAUAGUUGGCCAUGAACUACACCGACUUCAGACGUUACUCAAACUCUUGGUCAGCUACAACAGAGACUCAGAGGAAUUAAUGAAAUGGCUGGAUUCUGCUCAGCAGAGAAUGAAGUUUUGGAAGGAGCAGUCUCUCAAUGUGUCACAAGAUCUUCCCACCAUCAGAGAUAACAUCAACAACUUGUUUACAUUCUCUAAGGAAGUUGAUGAAAAAUCUUCCCUGAAGUCAUCUGUGGUGAGCACUGCCAACCAGCUCUUUCACGUGAAGCAAGCUGAUACUGCAGCACUUAGGUCAUCUUUGGCAAAAUUUGAGCAAAAAUGGGGAGAACUGAUAACACAGCUCCCAGCCAUCCAAGAAAAGCUUCACCAGCUUCAGAUGGAAAAACUUUCAUCGCGGGAAGCUAUUGCUGAGCUAAUGACUUGGCUGGACCAUGUGGAACAACAGCAGGGACACGAGGAGCCAAUAAAUUCACAAAGCAGUGCUGCCCAAGUCAGAAACCGCCUUCAGAAGUACAAGGAGUAUAUGAUGGAAAUUAACUUUAAACAGUGGAUAGUAGAUUUUGUUAACCAGUCACUCUUGCAGAUGAGCACUUGUGAUGUGGAAAGCAAGCGGUAUGAAAGGACAGAAUUUGCCGAAUGUCUUGGAGAGAUGAACCUGCGUUGGCACAUGCUGCAGGCAUCUCUGAACAUAAAGAUACAAGACCUGGAACACAUUUUGGAGGAUAUUUCUGAAAAUGAGAAUAAAGCACAGACUCUGCGCAACUGGCUGGAAGCUCAGAGUGAUCGACUGAGAUCUUUACAAACCCCAGCAAGCCUGAUCUCUGCACAGAACACAUUAGAUGAUUGCAAGGAACUAGAAAAUCAACUCACAGCUAAAUCCAAAACUCUUGAUGAGCUUAAACAGAGUUUGGCUUUGAAUGGUAGUGCAGAACAAACCCCAGCUCUGUCUCUCAGGAUAGCUGAGCUGUGUGAAAUGGUGGACAUCAUUGUAAGCCAGGUUGCACAGUUAAAGACCUCAAUGCAGUCAAUACUGGAGCAGUGGAGAGUAUAUGAUGAAGUUUAUGCAGAAGUAAGCCUGAUGACAACAAGAUAUUUGUACUGCAUAGACCAGUGCAAACCUUCUGUGGUAUCACUGGAAACUCUGAAAAACCAGGUGAAAACCCUCCAGUCUCUUCAAGAUGAAUCGGAGAACAGUGAAGAAAGUUGGGCCAAGCUCCAGGCUGCUGCCAGUAACCUGAAAAAGAGCUGCUCCCCCUCCUUUGCAGAGAUUAUUGAACAGAAGUGCACGGAGGCACACAGUAGGUGGAAUUCAGUAAAUGAAGAUGUCACAGAUCAACUGCGGGCAGCGCAAGCAACCCUGCAGCUCUGGGAGCCCUUCAAUACUUUAUGCAUUGAGGCAGCAGUCAAGUUAGAACAGCACAAAGAGCAAUGCACUCAGCUCUUGGAUGCUCACGUGCCCGAGGAUAACAUGAUAGAAACCCUGAAGCAGAGGAUACAGGAUAUAAAGAAUUUACAGCAUGGCCUUCAAAACAUAGCAGGAUGCCGUACCCAGAUUGCUUUGCUGGCUGAUAGGAUAAAGCAGCAAGCUGGGACAGCUGUACAAGCCAUUCUGUUGGAGAAGCUGCAGCCGCUCCAGAGGGCAUCGUAUUUGGAAAAGAUGUUGCAGAGAAAGUUAGAUGAAUUUGAGUUCAAUCUUUUACAACUGGAGGAUUUCAAGAACUGCCUUGAAAAGCUGGAAGGUCACGUCAAGAACUGCACAGAUGCCUUUGAUAGUCUCUGUCUAGAGGGAGGAACAGACAACUUAGAAUUGCUCGUGAAUCACACACUGGAGCUCGCUGCACUUUCUCCAAGCAUAGAGAGUUUGAAUGAAGCAAGCAUUAAGCUGCCACUCAGUGACUUCACCCUUAAGAAAAUGCAGAGCCUGACUCGGCAAUGGAGUCAGAAAACAGCAGCUGCUCUAGAACACUGCAGUAUGCGUGAGGGAACUCAAAAUGAUGAAAAGAAAUUCUUUCAGAAAUGUGAAAACUGGAUGAAAUUCCUAGAAAAAAUGAAAGAGGCCUUAAAAACAAAUAUUCCAGGACGGUUUGAAGAACUGGAAGAGCAACAGAGAGUAUAUGAGAUGCUGCAAACUGAGAUUUCCAUAAAUCAACAGACAUUUAAUUCUAUCAUAGCAAAAGUUCUACUCUCCUUGGAAUCCGGAGAAGCAGACAAAAGAACAGAGUUCAUUUCCAAGCUCACAUUGCUGAAAGAGCAGUGGCAUAAUGUUAUCCGGAUGGUUCAGCAGAGGAAGAAAGAUAUCGAUGGACUCGUGAGCCAGUGGCAUCUCUUCAGGAGUUCCCUGCGGAGUCUCAGCAGAUUUCUUGCUGAUACAAACAGCUUCCUCAUAGCUGAGAAAAGCCAGGACUGCUAUAGCAUUUACCAGCUUAGAAAUCUAAUUCAUGAUUUCAAGAGUAAGGCAGUGAUUCUUCAGAGGUGGCAAGCCAUGUACUCCUUAAUCAUCGAUGUUGGGGAGAAGUUGCGCAAUGACUCCGAUCCUGAGACCAACACUGCCCUCCAGGAUGAGCUCAGCCAGUUACAGCAGAGCUGGGGUGACACCCAGGUGCAUCUGGAGAAGAAGAAGAUGCAGCUCAGCAGCACCCUACAGAGUUGGGACUGCUGUGAAAAGCAAACCAAGGAAUUGGAAAGCAGGCUGCGAGAACUGAAGGAGAAAGUAAAAGAUCCACUUCCAGUUGAACAUGAAGAGCUCUACAAAGCCAAGGAACACAUUAAGGAGCUGGAGCAGUCGCUGGCAGACUGGGCCCACAACAUGAAGGAGCUGCGGGCCAUGAAGGUGGAGCUGGCUCACUGCAUCCUCACCGAGGACAUGGCGGUGCUCAAGGAGCAAGUUGAACAUCUGCACAAGCAGUGGGAAGAGCUCUGCUUGCGGGUGUCUCUGCGUAAGCAGGAGAUUGAGGACAGGCUCAAUGCCUGGAUUGUGUUCAAUGAGAAAAAUAAGGAGCUGUGCUCCUGGCUGGUACAGAUGGAAAGCAAAGUGUUGCAGACUGCAGAUGUUAGCAUUGAAGACAUGAUAGACAAAUUGCAGAAGGAUUGCAUGGAAGAAAUAAACCUGUUCAGUGAAAAUAAGCUUCACUUGAAACAAAUGGGCGAUCAGUUAAUCAAGGCUAGCAACAGAAGCCGAGUUGCAGAAAUAGAUGAUAAACUCAACAAGAUCAAUGAUCGCUGGCAGCAUCUCUUUGAUGUCAUUGGAUCACGGGUGAAGAAACUGAAGGAAACAUUUGCUUUUAUACAACUAUUGGACAAAAACAUGAGUAACCUUCGCACCUGGUUGGCCCGGAUUGAGUCUGAGCUUUCCAAGCCUGUUGUUUAUGACAUCUGUGAUGACCAAGAAAUCCAGAAGAGACUGGCAGAACAGCAGGAUCUGCAGCGAGACAUAGAGCAACACACUGCAGGGGUGGAAUCCGUGUUUAAUAUUUGUGAAGUCCUGCUACACGAUUCAGACGCGUGUGCUAAUGAGACAGAGUGUGACUCCAUCCAGCAGACUACCAGGAGUUUGGACAGACGGUGGAGAAACAUUUGCGCCAUGUCUAUGGAAAGGCGAAUGAAAAUCGAGGAAACCUGGCGCCUAUGGCAGAGGUUUUUGGAUGAUUAUUCUCGCUUUGAAGAUUGGCUAAAAUCAUCUGAAAGUACAGCAGCUAAGCCUAAUUCUUCAGAGGUUUUGUACACACAUGCAAAGGAGGAGCUGAAGAAAUUUGAGGCAUUCCAACGGCACAUUCAUGAACGGCUCACACAGUUGGAGCUGAUCAACAAGCAGUACAGGCGCCUGGCCCGCGAGAACCGCACGGACUCAGCCAGCAAGCUGAAGCAGAUGGUGCACGAAGGCAACCAGCGCUGGGAUAAUCUCCAGAAACGAGUCGCUGCCAUUCUGAGGAGGCUCAAGCACUUCACCAAUCGGAGAGAUGAGUUUGAGGGGACGAGGGAAAGCAUCCUUGUUUGGCUCACGGAAAUGGACCUUCAGCUGACAAACGUGGAGCACUUCUCAAAAAGUAACUUUGAUGACAAAAUGCGCCAGUUAAAUGGUUUCCAGCAGGAAAUAACACUAAACACCAAUAAGAUUGAUCAGCUGAUCGUUUUUGGGGAGCAGUUAAUUCAGAAGAGUGAGCCUUUGGACGCUACACUGAUUGAAGACGAAUUGGAAGAACUUCAUCGAUACUGCCAGGAAGUGUUUGGGAGGGUUGCCCGGUUCCAUCAAAGAUUGACUUCAAGGCAUCCUGGAUUGGAUGAUGAAAAAGAGACCUCUGAAAAUGAGACAGAUCCAGAAGACUCCAGAGAAAUCCAGAAUGAUCCCUGGCAUAAGAAGGCCAUCAGUGAGGAGCCCUCUUCAACGCAGUCCCUUUGCCACCUUAUGCCCCCUACUCAAGGUCAUGAAAGAUCAGGAUGUGAAACCCCCGUCAGUGUUGACUCCAUCCCACUCGAGUGGGAUCACACAGGUGAUGUGGGAGGUUCUUCCUCUCAUGAAGACGAAGAAGAAGCAACAUACUACAGUGCUCUGUCAGAUGUAGAAAUCACUGAAAAUCCUGAGGCAUAUCUUAAAAUGACCACAAAAACUUUGAAAGCAACUUCUGGAAAGUCUGUUUCAGAAGCUCAUCCUUGGCAUUCCCCAGAUAGCCCAGUCUGCAGGAAACACCGAUACAACCAGACAGAGAUGGUUGGAAAUGUGUUGUCUGGUCCAGAGACAAGUACUCCCUAUAAGCCAGACUAUGUGAAGCAGCUCAGCCCUGCAAGCAGCAGCAGCAUCAACAAGGAGAAAAUUACGUGUGCAAACAUGAGUGAUGAAGAACCCCAGGAUGACCAAGAGCUCGUGAAUAUCGCAGCUGCAGAGAAGCAGUCAGGCAUUAUUGAUAGGUGGGAGCUCAUCCAAGCUCAAGACCUCAGAAAUAAACUUAGGAUGAAACAGAAAUUGCAGCAGUGGCAGCAGCUGAACUCAGAUCUCAGUGAUGUCUCUGCUUGGCUUGAUAAAACUGAGGAAGAGCUGGAAGAGCUGCAAAAAGAAAAACCUUCAACCAGCAUGCAGGCAUUGGAGCAAAGGGUCAAGAAAUUGAAAGACAUGCUUAAAGCAUUUGAUAACUACAAGGCAGUGGUGCUUUCCGUUAACCUGAGCAUCAAAGAAUUCCAGAAACCGGAUAGCACGGAGUUUAAAGAGCUUCAGAACAGGCUUUGGAAGGUGAACUUGCACUGGGAGAAGGCAACUCAUGCAUUGGACAACUGGAGGAAAGGUUUACAACAAGCCCUACUGCAUUGCCAGGACUUCCAUGAUCAGAGCCAAAAGCUAAUUCUGUGGUUAUCAAGUGCUGAUAGCAGAAGGAAUGGAGCACAAAUCACAGAUCCAAGUACUGACCUCAAUACAAUACUGGAAUGCCAAAAGGAGCUAAUGCAACUGGAGAAAGAGCUGCUGGAACAACAGCUUAAAGUAAACUCACUUCAAGAACUCACUGCUUACCUGCUGCUUAAAUCAGAUGGUGAUUACUUUGAAGCUGAUGAGAAGGUCCAUGUCAUUGGAAAGAAACUGAAACAGCUUAUUGAACAAGUUUCACAUGACUUAAAAACAAUACAAGGAAAUCUGGAUGCCAGAGCAUUCCUGCUAGUUCCAGAAGACUUGGACUCAGGAGUCUAUAAUCCAGUCGCAGCGAAAUCCAGCCCUGCUGUGAAGGCGAUCACCAUGAGGAGAACUUCAGAUGGAAGAAACAGCAGCAGCACAAGAGAUGAAAGCCAUCCACAACCUCUGCAAGCAAUCCCUCGGUCUCCCUCAUUCUUUUACCGUGUACUACGAGCAGCUUUACCUCUUCAGUUGUUCUUUCUACUGCUUUUACUCCUGGCUUGCAUGAUUCCAUCUUCUGAGGAAGACUACAGCUGCACCCAGGCAAACAACUUUGCCCGUUCUUUCUAUCCUAUGCUGCGAUACACCAACGGGCCUCCACCAACUUAGAAAGCAGCCCACGAAUCUUCAGUUAAACCAAUACACACUGUCUGCGGUGUUUUCUUCAUUCUGGUAGCACCAAUCAAGCAGUGAUGUCACAUAAUUAAAUACAGAAACUUUUGUGCUGCUAGUUCCCCAAACCAGCCACUACAGCACCCUCCAGCCUACACACCUCUGCACAGGUUGCUGCUGUUGCAGGGAAUGUGUUAAAUUUCACAUCUCAAAAUGCGUCCCUUGACAAAAUUUCAGCAUUUUUGUACGGAAAAAACCCUUUUUCUAUAGAUUUUUAAACUGUAAGCGACACACUUUAUACUUUGAUGCAAUAGGUACACUAUUUUAUAGGUGCAGUGCUCCUAAGCUUGCAAGGUGAUUGAAUACUGAGUUAUUAGAUGCAGAAACUACAUCACAGUAAUCUUAAACACAGCGUGACAGCCCAGCGGUUGAAGAGGCACCUUGACUGAACUGAUGACUGCACACACUUCACGUUAGCUGUCUCUUUUGGGACUGCAGUCACUUGCUGGAAACAAAACAAUCCACAUCUUUUUGAGUCUUUGUUACUGUAUUUUAUUCAUCUAACACAUUGAAUAAGAGGAUGCAUGUUUGUUUUGUUUCACAUAGAGUGUUCUAGGGGUUAGGAUUGCUGUGUUGUCUUUUUAUACCACCUUUGAAAUAAGAAAUUGUUGCAUUGCAUGGAAAUGGUUUAUAAUGCACAUAUUUUCUAGAUGAACAUGAUUAUGUAGACUAUCCCUGAUGUAUACAAAUAAUGUAAUGACUUUUUUUAAUGAAAGAUUUUUUCAGUUUUUAACCUGCUGAAUAGUGUACAGUAUCUUGGGAGAGAACUGUGCAUUUUUAUAAGCUUCGUUUUUAAAAUGAAACUGACACUUGGGCAGUGGGUAGCGACCCCCUGUGUACAGUCAGCGUUGCCGCUGCUUCUCGGUUGUACAGUUUGAGGACUGUCAUUAAAAUUUUGCCAACGUCUGCAGGGACUGUCGGUGUGUCUAGUGGGGGGCAGCCAGCCCUGUGUUCCACCAGUGCUGACCCUGCCCCUCCGAGGGAGGUCAGCUUAUUUGCGUGGUAACGCGAGGGGGUCAGCAGAAGCACAACCCCUCCAGCUUGUCAGAGCAAGAGAUUAAAAAUUUAGAAGUGGAGCA